AUGAUGGCUAAAAUCAACAACAGCAAAGCGCCCAAGCAGGUGCAACUUCCACCCACAUGGGCUCCGUCUGCCAUGGAUGUUAUCUGCGGACGCGGCUCUAUUGCUCUCCAACAUGAAGGCAACAAGCGUCUGAAGGCAUUGGUCAAGUCCAUGAUUCCUCAAUACAACGCCUCCAAGUGCAAAUUCCAGAAGAGCACACUUGUUUCGUCAAUCGUUGCCUCGAUUCAGCAAGCCUCUCCAUCAGGCGGCUUUGUCAAGUUCGUCGAAGACGGAUGGGUUCGCGUCUCGGAGCGUCACGCCAGGGAGAAGGUGGGUCAAAUCUUUCGUGACAGUCUCAGCGGCAAGUACAAGAGCAGCACCCACGCCAAGUCCCAGAAGCGCCGCGAAAGGAUGGCCGCCGGCAGCGGAGACGACAGCAGUCGCGGUUCUGCCAGCAGCGGCCAAUUCGACAGCAUGCGUUGCGAAAGUCCUGGCUUCCAGCAACCACAGCACAUUCCGGCUACGGCUCUUCCUUUGCCUUUUCCUCAUCAGUAUCCUCCUUCCACCAUCCAAGUCGGAAAUGUCGCUGCUGCUCCAACCAAAUACAACAACAACAAUGUCAACAUCGGCAACAGCAACAAUACCAUGAUGAACAGUGCUGCUCCUUGCGCUGCUGCCCAUGCUCCCGCCUCCAUCCGUCCACAGCAGCCAAUCUCCCAGAUGGCUCUCCUCGGGGAUAUUGAGCCACUUCCUGUCAACAACGCAGAAUCUGCCAAUUUGGAUAACCUGUUCGAUUACGACUUUGUUGCUGCAGAGUCCAUGUCCUUCUUCCAAUCCCUAAAUGAGAAGACUAUUGACGAGCUCUGCGACAUUAUCUUUGAUGAAUGUCUGUAA